AAGCUAUAAAACUUUAUAAUAUACUACCAAUUAUACAUUUUCCAGAAAGGCAUCACUUGACAGUAAAUUAAUAGAUCUAUUUAUACAGAUUUCAGAAAUAGAGCUUCUGAGAAUUCCCUUCGCUAUUGAUUUUGUAAUUUGGAAUUAUUUUCCAUGGCUUCAGAAACAAAAGAGCUUCACUUUCUGGUGUUUCCUUUAAUGGGACCAGGCCACAUGAACCCAUUGGUAGACAUAGCAAGAGCGUUGGCUCACCGUGGUGUGAGCAUCUCCAUAUUCACCACACCACAUAACGCAGCUCGUUUUGAAAGAGUUAUUGCUAGGGACAGAGAAAAUGGGUUUAGAAUCAAUCUAAUCCAACUCAAGUUUCCAUACGAAGAAGUUGGAUUACCUCAAGGGUGUGAGAAUUUUGAUUUGCUGCCUUCACUUGGUUUAGCUACAAAACUCUUCUCUGCAGCCUCUAUGCUGCAAAAACCUGCGGAGACUUUGGUCGAAGGGCUUACACCUCAACCGAAUUGCGUGAUAUCAGACACUUGUUUGCCUUGGACAAUCAACAUAGCUCGGAAGCUUAACAUUCCAAGGAUAACUUUCACUGGAGGAAGUGGGUUUUUCUUGUUUUGUUUGCACAAGUUAGUUGCUUCUAAGGUUCUUGAGAAAGUUAGCUCGGACACCGAGUUCUGUGUUGUCCCUGACUUACCUGACCGGAUUGAGGUAAUGAAAGAGCAGCUACAAGGACCAAGAGCUUCGACUAUCACAGAACUUAGUCAACAAAUCGCAGAAGCCGAUAUGAGGUCUUAUGGAAUCAUCAUCAAUAGUUUUGAAGAGUUGGAGCCAGAGUAUGUCAAAGACUACAAGAGAGUAAGAAAAGUUUGGUUUGUUGGCCCUGCUUCUUUAAGCAACAAAGAUGACUUGGAUAAGGUUCAAAGAGGUAAUGACAACUCUUCUGUUGAUAAAUAUCAAUGCCUUAAAUGGCUUGAUUCAUCGAAACCAUGCUCUGUAGUUUAUGUUUGCUUGGGAAGCAUGUGUAAUCUAACACCUCCACAGUUGAUAGAGCUUGGCCUAGGCUUGGAAGCCUCAAACAAACCAUUCAUUUGGGUUAUAAGGGGAUCAGGGAUUAAUCGAUCUGAAGAACUAGAGAAAUGGUUUCAGGAAUAUGAAUUCGAAGAAAGGAUUAAGGGACGAGGUGUGGUUAUCCGGGGUUGGGCUCCACAAGUACUAAUCUUAUCACACCCAGCAGUUGGAGCCUUCUUAACUCAUUGUGGAUGGAAUUCAACUCUUGAAGGGAUAUGCGCAGGGGUUCCCAUGGUUACAUGGCCACUGUUUGCAGACCAGUUUCUCAAUGAGAAAUUGGUCGCACAAGUUUUGAACAUAGCUGUAACACUGGGGUCGGAAAUUCCAUUGGUAUGGGGAGAAGAAGAUCAAGUUGGGGUAAUGGUGAAGAGUGACACAAUUAAGAAUGCUAUAGAGAAAGUGCUUGAUGAAGGAGAGGAAAGCAAGGAGAGAAGGGAAAGAGUUAGAAAGCUUGGGGAGAUGGCAAAGAGAGCUGUUGAUGAAGGUGGGUCUUCACACUGCAGUAUGACAUUGCUUUUAGAAGAUAUUGCCCAAUUGGGAGGCAGUACUGAGCAGAAAGAGUAGGAAAAGAAAAAGAAUGUACUAUUUCUUUUUUAUUUGGAAAAAUCAUUUGUAAUAAUGCUCAUCGUUUAUUCAAAAGUUCAAUUUUAAUUGCACAA